GCAGUCGUUUUCCUUCGCUCGAACGAAUCGCACCGACCAACGAUUGACGAUCCAUCCGUGUUUUUGUGUUGAGUGCACGAGAGUCGAAUUUUCCGCCGCGCGCCAACAUUUAGACUACAUAUUUUCUAGCUUUACUGGUGGUUUCCGAUCUCUUUCGGAUUCGCGCGGUUGAGUGGACCUUCGGGAAAAUUGAAGGAGAAAAAAACCGCCGAAAGGACGUAGGUUGAGAAUUUUGGCGCGCGCUUCGCAGUAUCGGAAUCGCGUUUUGGAAGCGAGCACGUGCUCCCCCGAAAAAGGUGAGGAGAACGAAAGAAAGCGAAGUGCCCUCUAGGGACCGGAGGUGAUAUUUGAUGUGUGUUUAUUUUAGCAGCACGUGAAUGCCAAAGUGACUAAUCAACCAACUGAUGAUGGGCAGUGAAGAAGUGUUUUGAACAGAAGAGCACACAGAUGAGAUCAAUUAGAGGAUAAAAUAACAUACUUACAAGGCCGCCAAAGAAGAAGCUGUGAUAAUUGAAUAUACGAAGCAGAAGUGUGAAAACAAAUCAAUUAGUGAAGAAGUGCAAUCGUGUUGGGGAGAAAUCAGUAACACCACCCGGGAUAACAUCCCAUUAGAAUCGAGUCUAGUGAAUGACAAGUUACCAGUAGUCGAGGUACAAAUCGAGGUGAAUAUUUGUUUCGGGGGAAAUAUUUACAAACUUCCGGAAAGCUGUGGGAAAAGUGUUUUCCCCCGGAAAAGCGAUGGCGUCAAACAAAGUGGAUACCCGACAGAAAUACUUUUCCGCCAGUCAAAUGAGCGGACUCUCGUGGUGUAAAAUUGGACUCGUGCUGCUUCUUGCGGUGGAAGUUUCACAAUGCCUGCAGAUCACAAACAUCGAUGUGCCCCAGUCCUACGUGAUAUCCCGGGGUGAGGAUCCACCGGAAGACCUGAUCCUGGAUUGUGAGUUCGAGUUGGACCAAACCCGUUCCAAGGGAUUCGUACUAAAGUGGAAGCACAACGACCUGCAAAUCUACCAGUGGAUCCCGUCCAAAAAACCAGUAGCGUUUAGUCACUUCAAGGGUCACAUCGAUACUGACUAUGCCGUUUCGGAUGAUCGGUUUCAGAAGUACCGUGCCUUACGGUUGACAAACCCGUUGACCAAUCUGACCGGGAAGUAUAGCUGCUCGGUGCAGACGUAUGAGGAAAAUGAAACCAAGAGUGCACCGUUGCAGAUAAUUCUGCCAGAGACAGAGUUCAAUCUGACCUACCAUCAGGAAUCGAACGGAAGUCUGAUGGUUUCUUGUGCGGUGAGCGAUAUCUUCCCCAAGCCGGAGCUGUCACUGUUCAUUGACGAAGAAAUUACCAAGCAAGUAACACUAACGGAGGAAAACAUUCACGGAUCAUACGAUGUUUUGCUGCAGCAUGUUCUAGCGGAUAACAGCAAGGACGCCAACAUCCAGUGCCAGCUCUCGAUACCCGGAACGAACUACACCAAACGGAGAGAGAAGCUCUUCAGCGCAUCCGCAGCAUCGUUGAAAAUAUCAACUCUACAAGCCUUACUGUACGCUCUGCUGGCAGCCCUUCUAUCCAGUACGAUCAGAUUCUAACAGCAUCCGGCGGGUGUUGUUUGGUAGCAAACAAUUUGGAACCAAUCAAUAGUCAGUCGCUCAAAGCGAUUUUCAAAUUCGAGCGCUUUACAUACACACUGCAUGUAAAUGAAACAUCUGAGCUAAGACCCCAUUUAUGAUGUAAUACUGAAAACCGACGAUCAAUUUGAGUAUUAGUUGAGUUAAGUAUAAAGUGUAAAAUCACUCGGGGUUUUAUGCUCUUGAAAGUAGUGUGUAUUGUUGUGCCUAGCCUAAAAUAUAUUAAAUUCAAACAACAAUAAUAUAUUUGCGUAGGGGGAUUAGGAGGCAAACUGAAAAGUGAAUACUUAGUGUCUUACAAAAAAAUAUUAAAAAAAAAAUCUGGAAAGCAGAUUGUUAUGUGUUUAGUUCUUUAAGCGAUAUGUGACUUUUAACGAAAAUAACUAUAGCUAAUUGGUCUAUCGACUUUCUGUUAAGUGCGUCCAUUCAGAAACGUUAAUGAAGUAAUGUAAACUUUCAAUUCUAUUAACGCUUCCGUUCAGUUCCCAUAAUUGAACAACAGCGCACAACGCAAUUAGUCAAAUCGCAAAUAUGAGUGUGUGAAGAAGAGCUUACCACAGAAAUUUAAAUAUAGCUCCAAAAAUAAAGAAAACAAAAAAAAAUGCACCUUGUUAAUCGACUAGUUCAACAUUGAUACAUUUUUGUUAUAUUGCUGAGCAAUUGUUGUAUAUAUACAGUUGUUUUGUUUUCUGUGUAAAUUAAUCUAUCUUAUCAUAAGGCGAUAUUUUUUUUCUUAAUUGUGUAAAUCUAUUGAACAUUGUAUUCAAAAUUUCGUUUCAGUAAUUAAUGAUUCUCGUGUGAGAAUUGGAUUUAUUGUUACGAUCAAAAAAAAAAAACUAUUGCUUGUUACUUCAUGCCAAAUGCUUUAUGUCAAUCGAAAACAAAUGAAACUGAAACAAAACAAAGAUCCUGUACCAAAAGUUUAAGAUAAUAAAGUUAAGAUAAAAUUAAA